CACAUUUUCAGCAACGCUGGAUAAUAUUCAUCGGAUUUCGAGGGCGGAAACUUGCGUUUGAUCAACCUCUGGGCCAGCGCUUGGGGUACGACAGUCACAAAAUAGAAGAGAAGUUUUGCAUACUAGCCGUUCGUCCUAAAUAGAGUAUAGACGACUCGCGACUCGAUCUGGGCUGUUACGUUCGACAAGAAACGCCAGAGGUUAGAGGCCGAAAUUCGCUCAGUUUCGCAUUUGAACCUCCGCGCGAACGCCUCGGACGCAAAGAAACACUACAUGCACCGCCUCGCCGUCUGCUUUUAAGUACAAUCUAGUAGACAAUUUAUCAGUGCUCGAUCAAAUAGACACAAACCAUGACAGAUUACAGCGCGUCGAUUGGGUCGCCUCUUGCGGGGACUCCGUUGACUCCUCGCUCGCUCUCCAGCUUCGGAUCCUCGCACGGAUCGGACGGGACCGACGAUAGUGACGCCGAUCCGACUGAUGAGACCGAGAACAUGUGCGUUAAGGAUCGUGAACGCCUCACGACGGUGGCCAAGCGUAUGAUUGAAAGCCUCCUGGAAGCCACAGAUCUGCUGGGUGGAAUUCCUUGGACGCUGGUCCACGAGAAGCAUGGGAUCUCGCUCUUCCGCGCCGACACCACUAAUGCCGCCACCAACGUGCCCUGUAACGUCCACGCAGUGUGCAAGUUCGCCUGUGACAUCGAAGACGUCGCUGCGUCGCUCAUCACGCCGACCACUGCAUCGUUCAAGCGGAUGAUGGGGAUGCUGUCCUCGGACUUCCUUGAUGGUGCGGUGGUGCAAAACAUCGUAGAGCCCACCCCGACCAAUCCCUACCGCUACGUUGGUCUCAAGUGGGCCGCCUUUAAGAGCUCAGGUCCGUUCGCCAAGGAUCGCGAUCUACUCAUGCUCGAGUACGUCGAUAUGAUCGAGGAUGCACAGGGACAGAUGACCGCCUUUCGCAUCAUGGAAUCCGUCGACACCCCCGCCGGGUUUUCCAAGUUUGCCGUGUCGCCCAAGUACACACGCGACCUGGUGCCGCUCAUUGGUUUUAUGUAUCACUCAACCAAGCGAGCAGGCGAGCUGCGUAUGACGUACACGUGCAACUUCGACAAGAACGGCGACCUGCCCGCCUGGGUGGCCAACUCGGCCAUCCAGUCGCAUGUAGAGAAGUGCAUCAACGGCAUUCUGAAAUACACUGAGAGCUUCCGUGUGGGUCGCGAGGAGAUUGUGCUGCCUCAGCAGGUAGUACCCAUGGGUGAGCAGGAUCACUGCCGGAUCUGUUCCAAGAAGUUUUGCGUGCGUCGCCGCCGCUACAACUGCCUCAAGUGUGGCGACGUGUGCUGCAGCUCAUGCAGCUCUGUUCGCAGUACACAUGUGCCCGAGCUCGGCGAGCGUCAGCUUCGUGUCUGCACAGCGUGCGUCAUUGAAGCGCGUCGAACGUCGCGCAACACCGCCAGCACGGAACUGUCGGGAGCUCCGUCGUUCACUUCGGCCAGCUCGACCAGCACGAACCAGCUCUUAUCGGACACCAACGAGAAACCGCGAACUCUUGGGCGUGCACAAAGUUUUACGGCAACCAGUGGACAAGUCAAAGAGGACACUCCAAAGCGCCGGUCGUACGAUAAUCUGCUCGACCCCGUUCGCUCCCGUCUCAUCGAAUACAAAACGUUCUCUUCAGGAUCCGAGGACGGGCACGGCGCUAGUACAGGCUCAUCAAUCGGCGUACCGAAGGCCAGCUUCCCGAGCCGUUCCUUCAGCGACGGACUCGUCAUGCGCAACAAGGCUCUCUUUGCAGCCAAGCGCCGUGGCAGCCCCGCAGACCUGGCCAUCUCCAUUGAAGCCUUCCGUCUGCACCAAAUGCGCAUGGGCAAUGCUGAACGACAGCCCGAGGACGGAUCGGAAGAGAAUGACCACACAGACGACGAGUCUACUACAUCAAGCUCGUCCGUGUCGCCCACGUACGCGAUGACGAGGUUGUCACCACUGCACGGACGUACAUCAUCGUGUCGCCCUAGCCGCUCACGCGUCCAGCUCAAUUGCGAGAGCAACCAGGAGCUUUCAGUAGUUGGUAACUGCGAAGAAAAGUUCGAGUUUAACGAGGCGAUGGCCCGCGCCAACAGCAUCAUCGUCGCUGCCAACUACGCCAACAAUCUGGCCCAGCAAGCUCGAAAGCUCUCGCACAACCGUGUGGUGGCGUUACAACAGGAACACGAGUUCAUGGCGCCCAUGAUUCGGAACGGUAACAGCAAGAGUCCAGUGGUGCGUCGUCGCCCUCGUCAUCGCCGUCACGGCAGCGACUUCGAGUCGGUUCCAGGUGCUGGGGCGGUGCUGUACUCCGAGUGAAGGUGCCUUCCAUUUGAAUCUGUUGGAAGAAAUAUGACGACGGCGAUGAAAAAGAAACAAGUAACCAAGCGGCCGACCGUGAACUAGUUAGUUGGUCGAGUAGUGUAGAAGAAUUAUGCGCGGCCGCAAGUGGAUAGUGCAGAUGUCAGUAUAUGGAUCAGAAGCAUGUACACGCGCGUGAGGUGGCGAAGGCGAACGAGCCACACCCAAGUGAACUUGCAUUAUUAGUACUGUAUCGUAGGAAGCUUCAACAUGGGAAUUGAGCAGCUUUACUAUUUAUUUACACUCUAUGGAACACGCACGAUCUGCCAGCCCACCA